ACUGUAGACAGCAAAGGAAAGGGGAGAAGCCGGUGGAAACGCAACAUCAGGUAGCCUGCAUCUCGGUCGCGCCUGUUGUACGCCCACCUUUGAAAAGGGAAGCUAUCUGUUCAGCAAAAGAUGGCGAAGGCAGACCAACGCUUUGGGCAGAGAGAUGGAUCGGAUCAGAACUUUGACUACAUGUUCAAACUGCUCAUCAUUGGCAAUAGUAGUGUUGGGAAAACCAGUUUUCUGUUCAGAUACGCCGAUGACACAUUCAACAACUCCUUCGUUAGCACUGUGGGUAUUGAUUUUAAGGUGAAAACCGUUUACAGAAACGACAAAAGGGUGAAGCUUCAGAUCUGGGACACAGCCGGCCAGGAGCGGUACAGAACGAUCACCACAGCUUACUACAGGGGAGCUAUGGGCUUCAUCCUCAUGUACGACAUCACUAACGAAGAGUCCUUUAAUGCAGUGCAAGACUGGGCUACUCAAAUUAAGACAUAUUCAUGGGAUAAUGCUCAAGUGAUUCUUGUUGGCAACAAGUGUGAUAUGGAUGACGAGAGAGUGGUGCCACCAGAAAAGGGCAGACACUUAGCUGACCAACUCGGUUUUGAGUAUUAUGAAACCAGUGCCAAAGAGAACAUAAAUGUCCGCCAGGUAUUUGAACGCCUGGUAGACAUCAUCUGUGUGAAGAUGUCAGAACGGGUGGACACUGACCCUGCCAUCGUCACUGGUACGAAGAACACUCGGCUCACAGACAAGCCUCCACAACUACCUCAGAACUGCUGCUGAGCCUACCUCUUGUAGCACAACUUCUCAUACCGACAAGUCACAACUUUCUUGUGUAGCUCCCCUCUCUCUCCUCUGAGUUCAUGUUGUGAUUCACUUUGUCAUUCUUUUGCACUGCACAUGAGUGCACUUAUAAUCUCUCAUUUCACCUGUAGUCCAAACAUGAGGCAGCUCAAAGUAGAGUUGACUGUUGAAGCACAAUACAGCUUCUCUCAUAUGGAGAGUGUUCACUGCCACUGCAAAACAAUGAAUUACUCACAACUUGUUACAGUGCAGUUAACUACCUUGUCACAUGACUUUCAAUUAAUUGACAUAAGAAGACACAUGACUGCUCAUCUGAGAUUAACACAGGAUAUUAAAGUUUAGAUGUGAGACAUGCUUAUAACACUAUUCUAUUUAGCUCUAGUCUUUUUAAAAACAGAAAAAGAGAGUUAAGUUUAAUCUCAUAAGACACCAUAACACUAACUCAGCACAACUGCAGAAUUUAUAACGUGUUUUGCAGCUUUAUUCGUUAAUUCUGUUCAGGGUGGUUUUGAUGUGAUGAUGUGCCAUUAAUGUUCAGUGAAAGGCACAUGCUUUUCACUUUGAUGGUACGAUUAAGUGUUUUAAGACUUUUGAACACUUUACAAACAAUGUUGUAUGAUGCGUCUUGUAAUAGUAAUGUUUAAUAGUCAUGUGAAUCAAUUUGAACUAAUUAUAUAAGUGACUUACAAAAAUGAUCAGCACACUGUAUUUGUCAAACAAUAUACUGAAUGUAGGCAAAUGUUAUGACGAUAUUGAAAUUGGCCAUGUGGUUUCUCUAUUCAAUUUUAAAUUAAUCAACCUUUUGAUUAAUGUGCUGAGUAGGCUGUGACAUUUCUUUUCUGAAAUUCAGUUAUUGCAAAAUAGUGAACUGCUAACCAGUACCCAACCCAAGGACCUUGUGCCACCCUGUCUUAUGUGAGUUCAUAGCUAAGCCUAACCAACAAUAAUAUUAUAACAAUCAUAACAGUUGUUCUGUCUGAUAGGCUAUGAUGUGAUUGUUUAUAAGUGAAUUUUUAAAUGACAUAUUUUGGAUCUAAAUAGUGUAUUAUAAUGGUCGUAUCUAGGUAGAUUUUUAUUUUUAUGCUGUCGCAAUGAAUAAACUGUAGGCCUAUGGCUAGA